AUGAUAAUAAAUAUGGUGUCAGUUUGUAAUUGUCGCCCACCCCUCUGAAAAACACCACAAAAUUUACCAACCCUAGGUAGGGGAGGAGGAGGAAGAAGAAGAAGAUCCAACGGUUUUCUCCACCAUCCUGAUGGAGAUCGGACCGGAGACGUCGUACUCAUCUUCGGUGGAUCCGAUGGAAUCUGCCACGUCGUCGAUUGGUUCUUCGAUACGAGAAAGCAGCAGCGCCGGUGCCGGCAACAACAAUGAUAUUAAAAGCAGCAGUGAUGGAAAUACUGCUGCUGGCAGGUAUGAUUUGUUGGAUGAAGAUGAGGAGGAGGAUGUUUGCCGGAUCUGUAGAAACCCUGGCGACGCGGAUAAUCCGCUGCGGUAUCCCUGCGCGUGCAGUGGAAGCAUCAAAUUCGUUCACCAGGAUUGCCUUCUCCAGUGGCUUAAUCACAGCAACGCUCGGCAAUGCGAGGUCUGCAAGCAUCCAUUUUCAUUUUCUCCAGUUUAUGCAGAAAAUGCCCCGGCAAGGCUACCUUUUCAGGAAUUUGUUGUUGGGAUCGCUAUGAAAGCUUGCCAUGUCCUGCAGUUCUUUCUACGUCUUAGUUUUGUACUGUCCGUUUGGCUCCUCAUAAUUCCGUUUAUCACAUUUUGGAUAUGGCGGCUGGCAUUUGUCAGAACUCUUGGAGAAGCUCAGAGACUUUUCUUGAGCCACUUAUCAACGACAAUCAUUCUUACUGAUUGCCUGCAUGGAUUUCUUCUCUCUGCCAGCAUUGUAUUCAUUUUUCUUGGGGCAACUUCCCUGAGAGAUUACUUUAGACAUUUGCGUGAGCUGGGUGGACAAGAUGCUGAGAGAGAGGAUGAAGGAGAUAGGAAUGGAGCCCGGGCUGCAAGAAGGCAUGCAGCUCAAGCCAAUAGAAAUCCUGCUGCAGAUGGAAAUGGUGAAGAGGCUGGUGGGGCGCAAGGAAUUGCAGGUGCUGGGCAGAUGUUUCGACGGAAUGCAGAAAAUGUUGCAGCUCGGUGGGAGAUGCAGGCUGCUCGCCUUGAGGCCCAUGUCGAACAGAUGUUUGACGGCUUGGAUGAUGCUGAUGGUGCGGAGGAUGUACCUUUUGAUGAACUGGUUGGCAUGCAGGGACCUGUGUUCCAUCUGGUUGAAAAUGCUUUCACUGUUCUUGCUAGCAAUAUGAUAUUCCUCGGAGUUGUGAUCUUCAUGCCUUUCUCGUUAGGGCGUGUCAUCCUAUAUUACUUGUCAUGGCUUUUGUCCUCUGCUACAAGCCCAGUGUUAUCGACUGUUGUGCCGCUAACAGAAUCAGCGCUUUCACUGGCCAAUAUCACGCUAAAGAAUGCAUUGACUGCAGUUGUAAAUUUGACAUCUGAUAACCAAAACUAUAGUUUACUUGGUCAGGUUGUCGAGAUUCUGAAAGUAAAUGCAACAGGACAAACUGAAGUGUCAAACACAAGCUCCACAAUUGCAGCAGACCUCUUGAAAGUGCAGUCAGCUGGGGCGUCACGACUUUCCGAUGUCACCACUCUUGCUGUUGGCUACAUGUUUAUAUUUUCUCUUGUCAUCUUCUACCUUGGGAUUGUCACCUUAAUUCGGUAUUCAAGGGGCGAGCCUUUGACUAUGGGUAGGUUCUAUGGAAUUGCUUCCAUUGCAGAAACCAUUCCAUCUCUCUUCAGGCAGUUUGUGGCAGCGAUGAGGCAUUUAAUGACCAUGAUUAAAGUUGCUUUUCUUCUGGUCAUUGAACUUGGGGUGUUUCCUCUGAUGUGUGGGUGGUGGCUGGAUGUUUGCACCAUAAGGAUGUUUGGGAAGUCCAUCUCUCAGAGAGUUGAGUUCUUCUCACUGUCACCCCUGGCAAGCUCUCUGGUUCACUGGGUUGUUGGAAUCAUUUACAUGCUUCAAAUAAGCAUCUUUGUUAGCCUUCUUCGAGGGGUAUUGCGUAGUGGGGUUCUCUACUUUCUUCGUGAUCCUGCUGAUCCCAAUUACAAUCCAUUCCGAGAUCUGAUUGAUGAUCCAGUGCACAAGCAUGCCCGCAGAGUUUUGUUGUCUGUUGCUGUAUAUGGGAGUUUGAUUGUGAUGCUGGUGUUUUUGCCUGUUAAACUUGCAAUGCGAAUGGUUCCUUCCAUUUUCCCCUUGGACAUCUCUGUUUCAGAUCCAUUUACUGAAAUCCCAGCUGAUAUGCUUCUCUUUCAAAUAUGCAUUCCCUUUGCUAUUGAGCAUUUUAAACUACGGCAUACACUCAAAUCUGUACUCCGGUAUUGGUUCACUGCUGUUGGUUGGGCACUUGGUUUAACUGAUUUUCUGCUACCAAAGCCGGAGGACAAUGGUGGACAUGAAAAUGGGAAUGGGGAUGCAGGGAGACACGAUAGAGGGAUUGCACAAGCAGUUGAGCAGGAGCGAGUUCCAGCCCUCGAAGAUGUGCAUAGAUCCAGACAUGGGGCAGCAAAUUCAAGUUCUGCUGAAGAGUUUGAUAGUGAUGAACAAGCUGAUCCAGGAAGGUGGGGCUUUGUGCUGCGUAUUGUGCUGUUGUUGGUGGCAGCUUGGAUGACUCUUCUUGUAUUCAACUCUGCAUUGAUAGUUGUACCCAUUUCACUCGGACGUGCACUCUUUAAUGCCCUCCCACUUCUCCCAAUAACUCACGGCAUCAAGUGCAAUGAUUUAUACGCUUUUGUAAUCGGAAGCUACGUGAUUUGGACUGGUUUGGCCGGAGUAAGGUAUUGUGUGGACCUGGUCCGAACAAGGAGAACUAGAUUGUUGCUCAAUCAAAUCUGGAAAUGGUGUGGCAUAAUUCUGAAGAGUUCUGCUCUGCUGUCGAUAUGGAUAUUUGUAAUUCCUGUAUUGAUUGGCCUUCUGUUCGAGCUUCUCGUCAUUGUACCCAUGCGGGUUCCUGUGGAUGAAAGUCCGGUGUUCCUUUUAUACCAGGAUUGGGCUCUCGGACUAAUCUUUUUGAAGAUUUGGACUAGGCUGGUUAUGUUGGAUCACAUGAUGCCAUUGGUGGACGAGACCUGGCGCGUAAAAUUUGAAAGGGUGAGGGAAGAUGGCUUCUCGAGGCUGCAAGGUCUCUGGGUUCUGCGCGAGAUUGUCUUCCCAAUCAUCAUGAAGCUGCUCACCGCACUGUGUGUGCCCUAUGUUCUAUCGCGCGGGGUAUUCCCCAUCUUCGGCUACCCGCUGGUUGUGAACUCGGCUGUCUACCGAUUCGCCUGGUUGGGUUGCCUCAUCUUCAGCGUCCUAUACUUCUGCGCAAAGCGAUUCCAUGUCUGGUUCACCAACCUCCACAACUCCAUCCGGGAUGACCGGUAUUUGAUUGGAAGAAGACUCCACAACUAUGGUGAGACCUUGGGGGCUCGCGCUAGACAGGGCUUUGCUGCUGCUACUGCUACUACUGCUACUGCUGCUGCUGCAUCCGACGACCAAGUUCUCGUUGCAGAUGCUGCUGUUGCUGCUGCUGAAAACAACAUUCGGGAAGCUGCAGAUGUCGGGUUGAGACAGAGGCAUGCCGGCCGAGUAGAUGCUUGAAGAAUACAGUUUCCAGCCUCUCUUGUCCCGGCAGGGUCUUCUAGAAAUAGCUUGUGUAAAGAUAUUGUGGUGCACAUCUCUAUCAGAGACAACCGAUUGUUGUUGAGCCAUGGAGUUUUGGAUGUCAAAUGUUUGUGAAUAUGUCUCACUCUCAAGAAUCUCUUUGUAGGGGAUAUGCCCUUCUUCUUCUCUAUUGUCUUUUCCAAUAGGAAGGUUGGAUGAAUGGAUUGGAUUAGUAACUCGUAAUGGCAUAAUCAAGAUUCUUUUGCCCAUUUACCUUAAAUCCAAUUUU